AUGGGGAUUUUUUCCCCCCUGCAUAAAGAAGACUGGCACCCAACAGGGGGAUCCUUUAUUCGUCCGAACAAGGUAAAUUUUGGAAUAGACUUUAUUACUGCAAUUAAGAACCGCUACGUCUUAGAAGAUGGACCAGAGGAAGAUGGAAAAGAAGAAGUUAUUACAAUUGGAAAUAAACUUGUGGAAACUGUUGGUUUUGACACUGUAAUAAAACAGCAGAGUCAGCUGUGCCAGUUGGAAGAAGUCUCUCUGAGGAGCUGUGCGGUAAAUUGUGCUGGUGACAGAGGAGCAAUUGCCAGAGCGUGUCCCAAUAUUAAGGAGUUAGAUUUGUCAAAAAACCUGUUGUCAUCAUGGGACGAAGUGAUACGCAUUGCCGAUCAGCUCAAGCACCUGGAAGUGCUGAACCUCAGUGAAAAUAAACUAAAAUUUCCCUCAGUUUCACCAUCUGCGCCGGGAACGUUUUCUGCACUGAAGGUUUUAGUCCUUAAUCGAACAGGAAUAACAUGGGCUGAGGUGCUCCGCUGUGCUGCUGGCUGGCCAGUCCUCGAGGAGCUCCACCUGGAGUCUAACAAUAUUUCCAUUUCAGAAAGGCCAACUGAUGUCCUACAGACGGUCAAGUUAUUAGAUCUUUCCUCUAAUAAACUAAUUGAUGAAAAUCAGCUGUUCCUGAUAGCAUAUCUGCCCAGAUUAGAACGACUCAUCCUUUGUGACAUUGGAAUUUCUAAUCUACAUUUUCCGGACGCUGGAAUUGGGUGUAAGACGUCCUUGUUCCCGUCCUUGCAGUACCUCCUAGUAGACAACAAUCAGAUAUCACAAUGGUCAUUCUUCAACGAGCUGGACAAGCUGCAGAGUCUGCACGCGCUGUCCUGCAUGAGAAACCCCCUGACCGAGGGGGACAAAGCAGCGACCACGAGGCAGCUCAUCAUCGCCAAGAUCGGUCAGCUGAAGACCCUGAACAAGUGUGAGAUUCUAGCAGAGGAACGGCGUGGAGCUGAGCUUGAUUACCGAAAAGCUUUCGGAAAUGAAUGGAAAAAUGCGGGUGGCCAUCAGGAUCCCGACAGAAACAGACCCAGCGACGAAUUUCUUGCAGCCCACCCGAGAUUCCAGCUACUCUGCCUUAAGUAUGGUGCACCUGAAGACGGGGAGCUCAAACCACAGCAACCUUUUAUGCUCAAAAACCAGCUACUAACACUGAAGAUAAAAUGUCCUAAUCAACUUGAUCAGAAAGUCCUAGAGAAACAACUGCCAGACUCCAUGACAAUUCAAAAGGUGAAGGGACUGCUGUCACGUCUUCUCAAAGUUCCUGCGUCAGACCUUCUCUUGUCCUAUGAAAGUCCCAAAAUGCCGGGCAGAGAAAUUGAACUAGAAAAUGACCUAUACUCAUUACAGUUUUAUUCUGUGGAAAAUGGAGAUUGUCUAUUAGUGCGAUGGUAACAACCAAUAACAUUUAGAUAGACUGUUUAUCAUGAUUGGAGGUCACCGGAAAUAACUGACUGAAACAAUCCUACUGUCAGAAAAGGAGGUUUUACAACUUGCCUUAAUAAAGGAUGUGUUUUUCGGUGGGAAGAAACCAUUUCUAGGCUUGUAUAUAAUAGCAACAAUAAAGGCUAUGAACCUAC